CCUCCCCCACCAUCCAACUACCCCGAGGUCACUCACCCACUCCUUGUAACUUCUACCAACAUCAUCCAUCAUCAACAUCCACCCCCCCCCCUCAUACCCCCCCACGCCAUAACAGUCCACCAUGGCUCAGAUAAUCCCCUCAAUUACAUCCCUUCCAAGCGACUCGGGUGCCGCUCCCUCGGUAGAGGACAUUCAAGACCGUCUCCCUUCCAUUUGCGUCGACUACCUCUCCCAUAACUGGACAGAGGAAGAUGUUUGGGCCUCUUGGCGCAACAUGACCCGCCACAAGCACGAAAUUGCAAACGGUGUCCGUCUCGAGAAUGCAAGCUGGAGGACAUGGAACAAGCAGCGUAACAAGCUGCGCACAAUUUCCCCAGAGACACUCAAUUGGCUCAAGGACUCGGACGUCACCUGGCUUUAUGGUCCAUUGCAUACCGCAAAGGUCGAGCCCGUUCGUCCCCUCCGAAUCUCCUCCACCGAGGACCGCGUUGGCAUCGACCUGCCAAACAACCACGGCAAACCUGGUAUUCUCAAGCACAGGACAUUGAGCGAGCUUCUCUCCCUCCCAGGCCCCACUUCUCCCGAUCUCGACGACUCGGACGCCAUUGACGAGGAUGAGCCCACUGUCCCCACACGCAUUGGCCUCAUCCACACAAAGUCAGAGAGCAACCUUCAUCGCAGCAACUCGAUGCCCGCUCGCAGACGCGGUGGUGCUCUGGGGCGCACCGGUUCUGUCCGUGCCGGCUCGAGCAUCAACAAUCGCUCAAAGGAGGCAUCGCCGGAGAAUAAUAACCGUCGAAAGAUCACCUUCAACACCUUUGUUGAGCAGUGCAUCGCUCUCGACGAGCCCAACCUCAGCCAGCCUCCUUUUAUUGUCAUUGGCCAGCCGUCUUCUAUGGGCCUUGGGCACCAGCAAUCCUCUGCCAUGAUGGACGAAGACUUGAAAGACGACGAUGCGAUCAAGAUGCGCCCCAGCAACUCGCGAUAUUCCAGCGGGCGCCGCUCUUCGUCGAUCUCAUCGACUCAAAGCCACAGCUCGAUGACCAUCAAGAAGAUAGCCCCGACUGUGCUCAAGACGGCUGGCUCUUAUGCCAACAACCCAUCCGUGCCCCAGACUGUACACCGCCCCCCCGUCGAGUACAUGCCUCAGGAAGAGGACAUUGCCCCAGUCAUCGCCCCCUCGUCCUUUGGCGCCCAGUCGCCUCUCGGCCAGGUCGGCAGCCGCCCAUGGCACUCUGCCUUUGACGAUGACCACUAUGACAGCUCUGGCUCUGACUACUUUGGCGGUCCUCCCGACCUCCUUGGCUCGAGCCCUCGUACCGGCUCAUACGGCCGCGCUCCGGCUGUUCAGACCCCACCUGCUCAGCCCAGGUGGCGCCAGGCCCAGACGGUUGACGUUCCUCCCAGCAGCGUUUCCACUUCGUCGUCUUCCUCGUCGCUCAACGCUGCUAUUCCCAUCGGCGCCUCGUCGCCCCAGCCGCCCAGCAGGGGUAUUCUCAAGGUUCGUGCCGCUCCGGUCACGUCGCAGCAAGCACCCGAGCCCGUCUCGCCCCCGGCCCACUUCAACUACAACCCCUCGGUUGCCACGGGUAUUGGCGGCAUGUACGGCACAUACGAAAACGCUCAGCUGGCUAUAGGAUCGCCCGCAGCCCCGACUACGACGACGACGACUUCUGAAGAUGGCGGUCGGCGCGGGCGCUCAACCUCGCGGGGGCAGGGUGGCUCGUCUCAGUGGGACAGGUAUCCCGUGCCUCGCGGCUCGUCAACCUCGUCGGCAUCGUCUGUGGGCUCCGUGUCUCGCUCCCCUGUCGACGCUGGCAACUCGAAGACGACUGCGCCGCGCUCGCAGCAGGUCGACAAGGUUCAGCACGAGCCUAUGGACGUGGACGCGUCUCCGGACCGCUCCUCGACUCCCACCCCGCAUUCGUCGCCGCAGAUUGUGUUUCGGCCGUUAAAGGACACCUCGCCCGCAUCCCUCCCCCACACCUCGACUCGACCGACUGGAUUAGGACCUGAGCCUGUUGGCGGCGCUGGCGUCGGCGUUGUUGCUGGCCCUAGCGGCGAGCGCCCGAAUCUCGUCGACUCGCCCGCCUCCGCUUCUCCCCAGGCGACCCUGGGCGAUGCGCGCGGCGAGUUGUCGCAGCCGUCUGACGGCGUCGACGAAGACGAUGGGUCGACGCUCAUCGGUCGCGCGACCAAUAUUGCCAACACGGCGAAGGAUCUGCUUGGCGCGUUGUGGUAUGGGUCGCAAGACGAAGCGGCGCGCCCACGCCCUCCCGCGCGGCAGCACCGUCGUGGCGCGUCGUUGGGUUAAGUGAGGUGAGGGGUGGCUGUGGAUGGGCAUCGGCCCAGUCGCAGUUCUUACAAUACCUUUCUAUGCCCACACCGCCCCGCGUCCCCGCCCAUGCCCACAUCUGUCCACGCCCUUGAUCCAUCUCUCGUCCAAGUCACGAGUCAUCAUCUCAUCCUCAGUCACGCGAGUCUGUCCCUGCUGCCAUCCAAGUCCAAGCAACUGCCAACAUGUACCACAAAAUCUACAAAGUGUAAUUACUCUGUUUCUGCAUCAUCAUCGCAUGC